AUGCCGAAAGAGCCUAGGACAACAUUUAAUACUUAUUUUCUCCACGACAUGAAACUUAACAAAGAAAAUUCAAAUGAUGAAGAGUUAUUCAAUAAAACACAAUUUCAACAAGAAUUAGACAAAUGGUUUUCAAGUCAUGGCGUAAUUGCCGAUUUAAGAUCACAUUUACGUCAUUUAAUGAUAAUGUCUUUGCAAAAUACAAGAAUCGGAUUGAAAUCGACGGAAAGAGCUUCGCCGAAAAUCCAAGCGAUAAAUUUAUUAAUUGCAGAACAAUUAUUAUGGCAUAAAUAUCAUUAUACGCUUUCCGUAUUCACGAGCGAAGUCCCAGCGUUGAACGGUUUUAGUGAUUUUUCCAUAAAGUCACUCAUUGAUAACGAGAGAAAGAAGAGAAAAAAAAAUAUGGCGCCCGAAAAAAAUAAUAUAUUCAUGGAAAAUGAAUUGGAUGAUAUAUUUAACGCUUUAGGAUUGUCGACGAAUGCAUACGUGAGGGAAAAAAUUAAAAAUGAAUAUUUUCAAAACAGUAAUAAAAGUUCAUUGUUGGAAUUGAUAUUACAAUUGAUAUUUGAAAUGUUCAUCAAAUUGGAAAUUCAUCAAAAUUUAGAAAGCGUUACCGAAAUCGAAUUGAACAAAAUGGCGAAAAAAAAGCAUAGACAACAAAUCGAAUUGUUGACACAGAGAGAAAUGAGAAUACAAGAAUCGUUGAGAAAAUACGAAAAUGAUAUUUUUUACAGAUUGAAACGAGCCGAAAUGAAUUUAUUUAAGAGGAGAGAACGCAUCGACGAAGAAUUAAAUGAAAAACAAAAAUAUUUAUCGAAAAUGGUUUCCGAAUGGAAAAUGAAACACGAUGAAAUAAUUGAAAUGUCAAAAAACGUAUUGGCGUUAGAAACCGAAAAUAAAAAAUUAAAUAAAGUUAUUAGGGAAUUGCAAAAAGAAAAUAAAAAUCUCAAAGUGAAAAAAAAAAAACAAAAUCAAACUAUUAAAGAAUUAUUAAAUGCUUACCAAAAAGUUUUCAAAUGGAAUUCCGUUUUAAAAGAACAACUGAAAAAAUCAAUAGAUAUAAAUAUCCGAGAAAGUUGUCAAGAUGAAAACAUUAAUAAUAAUGAUAGCGAGCAUAAUAAUAGUCCUAAAGAUGUAUUUAUGAGCGAUUAUGAGAAAAUAUCAGAGGGUGAUAGAGGCAAUGAUGAUGAUGAUGAUGAUGAUAUUAACGAAGAAAUGACAAUAAUGAACAUUUCUUCGGAUGAAGUCAUUUGCAGUGUUAAGAAAAAACUAGAUGAUUUGGAAAAAGAAUCAAAAUUAGUGAAUGAUAAUUAUUAUAAAUAUAAAAAUAAAUAUGUGGAUUGCAUUUUAAGCGAAUCAGAUACUUCUUUAGAAUCAUCAAUUGAGACAUUAAAUAUAAAUUUAAAAAAAUCAAAUGAGUGCUUAUUAAAAUGUGACAAAAUGUCUAAUAAAAAUCAAAUGGAAAAAUUUUCACAAACCGAACAAGGAAAUCAAUUAGAAAAUUUUAUUUUUAAAAUGGAAGAAAUGGAAACGAAAAGAAAAUUAUUAUUCGAUGAAGUGGAGAAGGAUAAUGAUGAUGAUGAUGAUGAUGAAAAUAAUAAACCUCAUCAAAAUUUAAUGCAAAUUCUUAAAACUCCCUCGAAACGUCAGUUAGAAAAUAGAGAAUAUUUUUUAGAAAAUCGUAAAUUGUUGAUUUCAUAUGAAGAAAAUAAAAAUUUUAACGUUGAAUCUGAUUGUUCAUUUCGAAAUUCUAAUUCAAGUGAAAUUGUUUAA